GUAUCUAACUCCUGCGUGACCGAAAAAUCCACCGAUUAUGUUAGCUGCUGGUCAGCUUAUUAGCGAAUGGCAAAAUGGGCAGGAUAUCGAGAGAUACGUCGAGCUAGGAGAUCUUUUGAAAGGAGAGUCGCAUAUAUUGCUGGUGCUCCCCAUGGCAUCUACACGCAUUGGGCAGUGUACAUAGGACGACAUGACAAUGUUCCUCUAGUGGUGCAUCUUUCUGGAGAAGGGGCCGACUUCAACACUGGAGAGGGUGUCGGCAAUGGCCCGUUAGAUUCACUCGCUGGAUCAUCAUCAGGUUUAUUCGGCGGAGUCGCUGCGGAGGUACGAUGUGAUUCAAUAGCUUCUGUUGCUGGUGAUGACUUAGUACGAGUCAACAAUGGCCAAGAUGCGGAUCAUGAUCCUUUUCCUCCUACGAUCGUUGUCGAACGGGCUACUUUACAGCUAGGAGCUGGUAACUAUAAUCUAGUUCUGAAUAAUUGCGAACACUUUGUAAAGUGGUGUCGAUACGGGAACAGAAUUAGUAGUCAGGCUGUCGCCGCUAAGAGUCUUCUGUUAGGAACAGCUUUAGCUGCAGCAGGUGCUUCACCAAUGGUAGCUUUUGGAGCGGGUAUGGCGAUGUUCACUCUUGCAACGCCGGUGUCAAAGCUGAUCAGUCGUUAUUAUGGCUCUAACUUCUCCUUAUUCUGA